AUGGGACUCCUCCCUUCCUCUUCCUUGCUCUUGAUUUCUUUACUUUCAACAGCAGUAGGAGUACUUGGCGGGUCGGCGACUACUCUGCCAGCUCCUGGUCAGCCUACGCGAACAGGAACGAUUGGAGGGUUCGAGCUUAUUGGGAACAGUCUUGUCAGCGCACAACAGAUAUUCCUUGCCACCCCGGACAAGGUCUUCUUUGUUGACAAGGUUGAAGGAAACCCAACACAGAUCAAUGGGCAUCCUGCCUGGGCGUCAGAAUGGGCACUUUCCUCCAAUAAUCAACGACCUAUGGAUGCCUUGACGAACACCUUCUGUGCCGGUGGCAAUGUACUGGGUAAUGGAACAUGGCUGAACGUUGGAGGAAAUCAAGCAAUCACCUAUGGUGGCCAGCCAGCAGCGAGUCAGACGGGAGGAGGUGCAUAUGACGAUCCAGACGGAAGACAAUCUGAAACGCUGGAAGAUGGUAGCGCCAUCAUUCUGGGUGGAUGUCGGAAUGGAGGAUACGUUAACGAUGCUCGCCAGGAUAACCCAACUUACGAGUUCUUCCCUCCGAAAGGAGAUCCCAUACUUUCUCCUAUUCUUCAAAAUACCCUUCCCGCUAAUCUCUUUCCUCUUACAUGGCUGCUCCCAUCUGGUCUUCUUCUAAUACAAUCCAACUGGGCUACGGUGACCCUGGACUACAAAUCAAACACCGAGACGCCGCUGGACGACAUUCCGGAUGCUGUCCGAGUGUACCCUGCAAGUGCCGGCAACAUUAUGCUCCCUCUUACCCCUGCCAACAACUAUACCGCAACCAUCCUUUUCUGUGGAGGAUCGAAUGUUCAGCCCUCUCAAUGGACACAAAAGAGUUUCAUUGUUCCAAGCUAUCCAGCAUCUGCGUCUUGUGUUAAGAUUACUCCUGACAUCUCAGGGAGCUACGUUCAAGAUGACGACCUACCAAUUGCGCGUUCAAUGGCCAAUUUUAUUGCCCUCCCUGACGGCAAGAUACUGAAUCUUAACGGUGCAAGCAUGGGUACUGCAGGGUAUGGCAAUGACUCCUGGGCAAUCGGGCAUUCAUACGCAACUAGCCCCGUGUUAACGCCUGCCAUUUAUGAUCCAGAGGCUGCCAACGGUACCAGGUGGUCAUCAGACGGCCUUCAAGCCAGCACAGUUCCCCGGAUGUACCACUCAUCUGCCACACUGUUACCUGACGGGUCUGUCAUGGUAUCUGGAUCGAACCCCAACCCCGAUUAUACCGUUGGUCCGGAUGUUGAAUAUCCUACAGAGUACCGAACGGAGAUAUUCUAUCCCCCUUACUACAACAAGAGGCGCCCACAGCCUAAAGGACUGUUGUCGCAAUACUCGUAUGGAGGCUCUUCGUUCGACGUUGUACUCGACUCGGAUGAUCUCUUUGGGGACGUCCAAAACCUCAACAAAACAAAGGUGGUUAUUAUUCGCACUGGAUUCUCAACCCAUGCCAUGAAUAUGGGCCAACGUUACGUUGAGUUGGCUUCAUCAUACACCGGCUUUGCGGCGAACAACACGGGGGUGUUGCAUGUAUCCCAACUGCCUCCCAAUCCAGCUAUCAUUGCUCCAGGCCCUGCGUUCAUUUUUGUUGUCGUCAACGGCGUCCCCUCGGUAGGACAGCAGGUCAUGCUGGGAUCCGGAUCCAUCGGGAAGCAGAAGAAGCUGACCGUCGCGGAUCUGCCGCCGACGAAUAUCGUACAAGGAUCGUCUGCCGCUGGUAGCUCAAACCAGGACUCCAAAAACUCGGCUGUUUCUGCAUAUGUGACUUCUGGUUGGCUGUAUGCCCUGUGCUGCGGGGUCGCUAUCUUGAUGGCAUCGGGACUAUAG